AUGAGUCGAUCGACCGGCGAUGCGAUCCCGAUAAACACGUACGAGCGCUCAGAUGCGCCGUCGCACGUCCAAGUGAGUCGUCCCGCCGUCGUGCCGUUCCCAGUCAUCGGUCAACCGGUGCGCCAAGAACAGUCCUUCGUCGCGUCCGCUACCUCGUCCUCGGACGAACCGUGGUACAGCAGAUCGCCCAAGGCGUUCACCGUGAGUGGGAUCGACGUGCACAUCUCCCCGCUGCUGAUAAUCUACGUCGCGUUCGUGAUCGCCAUGGGGUCGUUCGACGGGCUGUAUCACUUUGGGCUGAGCUUGUUUUAUUGCGUCGUCUUGUUCGGUACGGUGCUCGUGCACGAGUUGGGGCACUGCUGGGCCACGAGAAACGUGGGUGGAGUGGUGUCACACAUUUUGCUCUGGCCCCUGGGUGGGCUGGCGUACAUCAAUCUCGAUGCGAGCAGCGCGAAGGGUGACUUGUGGGUGGCCGCGGCGGGACCGCUCACGCACAUUCCGAUGGGUCUCGUUUGGUUGUUGCUCAGCGCGAUUACUAGCGGUUUUGUCAAGGAUCUCGCGUGGGAGGCGCUGUGGAUCAACGUCUAUCUGUUCGCGUUUAAUCUUUUGAUUCCUGCUUAUCCGAUGGAUGCGUCUCGCAUCUUGACAUCGACGCUGGCUAUCUGCGGCGUAAGCGUUUCGGCUGCGAGCAUCGUCGUCAUUGGUUUGUCGAUGAUCAUGUCUACUGCGUUACUCGUGUAUGGAUUUUGGCUUGUCCAGUUAUUACCUGUGUUCGUGGGGGGCUAUACCAUGGCGGAGACGUAUAAAAUCUACGCUUUGCGGCGCGCGGGGCAAAUCCAUCAGCACCCGAGCUUUGCAAAAUACGAGCAGCGAAGCGGGGCGAGCGUUGGCGUUUAG